AUGAUCGGAACCGGGCUUGGAUCAGCUCGAGCUCUUUCGUCUAGCUUCGUAAACGUUGAACAAAGGGGAUUGCCCUCUCUGCAGCAAUCUAUUCGUCGCCGCCAACUAGCCCUCCGGACUUCACGGCAUGAAGUGCGGGCAUCCGUCGCAGGAGAUAGAAGUGAUUGCUCGCGCGAGGAUGUAGCGAAGGAUUCGGUCCCCUCGGACCCCCCUGCGUCGCGGAGCGGAGGCGGCACCAUUCUCGGUGCAGUCACGCUCAUUAUUGGCUCGUCCGUCGGCGCGGGCGUUCUGGCCUUGCCUUCCGAAACCGCUCCUGCGGGCUUCUUCCCCUCGUCCAUGGUCCUCAUCGGCUGUUGGGCUUUCCUCGUUCUCGAGGCGCUGCUGCUGGCCGAAGUCAAUGUCGCUCUGCUCAAGGAGCGGUCCGAUAAGAGCAAGACCGCUAACGCGUCUUCGUCAUCCGAUGCCGAGGCUGAGCGAGGGUCGGACGUUCUCUCCUACCGAACCAUGGCCGAGGCGACACUCGGGCCGCUGGGCGGCACGAUCGCAACCGCGGCGUAUCUAUUCUUGUCGUUUACGUUGAUGGUGGCGUAUUUCGCCAAGGGCGGCGAAGUGAUGUCGUUGGGGACGGAUCUGCCGCGUUGGCUCGGUGCAUCGGGGUUCGCAGUGGUGCUCGGCGGUUUGAUCUACUGCGGAAACACGCGCACUGCUGACCUGGAAUCUUCGCGGCCCUGGUUUGCGGAGGGCUCCACCCUCGCCGACUGGGACCAGCUGGGCUUCGCGGAUUGGUCCGACAUGUCAUCCACGCUCCCCGUCAUCUUCCUCGCGCUCGUCUUCCACGAUCUCGUCCCCGUCCUCUGCGCGUACCUCGACGCGGAUCUCCGGAAGAUCCGCACCGCGCUCCUCGUCGGCAGCUCUGUGCCGCUCGCGAUGUUUCUAACCUGGGAUGCCAUUGUGCUCUCCAUCUCGCCGUCCUCCAUCGCCGCCGCCGGCGCCGCCGGAGCCGCUGCCGGCGCUAACGCCGGGGAUCUCGCCUCGUCCGUCCUCUCGUCCGUUUCCGCCGUUGGAUCUUCGUUCGCGAAUCUCGCGUCGUCGUUCCCUACGUCUCUAGCGACCGCGCUCUCAGCCCCCGCGCUUCCAGCUCUCGCGUUCCCCGCUCAGGACCCCUUCCAGCUGUUCAUGCACCAGGCCACCCCCCUCCAAUCAGCCGCCGUUCUCGCGUUCUCUUUUCUAGCCGUUGCCACGUCAUUCCUCGGUUCCUCGCUCGCCCUAUCGGAGUUUUACAUGGAGCAGAUUGGUAACUUGGUUUUCGGCGGGAAAGCCGCGGAGACCAAAGCGGAGGAUCAGUUGCAGAAGCAACAGGAGGGUGGUACUAGCGGGGUUGAUAUUAAGGAAGCCGGAAUUAGGGUUCGUUAG